UCUCCAAGUGCGCACGGCGGCUGCUGCUGAGGGAACGACUCCUCCUGCCGUACCCAGGCGCGUCCUGAGCAUCCUGCGCUCUUGGGUGGAUUUUAAAAUCACUACUUAAGCCGGCAGGGGAACCCGUGUACGGUUCCUGACUGGACCUGCCGCGGGGACGAACAUAUUUAACACAAACCCGGGGAUUAUUGUUUGUUUUAAACAUGAAGAUGUGAUGGGUUUAUGAGCUGAGAGAGAGCGUGAGAGAGAGAGAGAAAAAAUAAAUAAAAGCUGGAACUCCGACACCGACAAAAGGUACGAGCGAGUGAGUUGUAAGAAGCAGAAGAAGAAAAAGAAGCCACUGGAGCAGCUGAAGAUAUGAGGCUAAAAAGGUUUUGAAAACAACCCAGCGAGCGUCAAGCUGUCCUGCUUGAAGACCCCACACGUCCUCGUGCAGUUGGGGCCUCGGCUCUCCGGCCAGGUCAAAGGUCACUCCGACCCUACCCUCCCCCUCCCCCUCCCCCUUCCCUACCAGAGCCAAGAUGGCCACCAGUGGUGCCCUGCGCAUCUCCUUGCAAGUCCUGCUGCCUGUGAUCACUCUGCUGCUAUCACUGCUGCUCACCGGCUCCAACGCCACACUACCACGCUUCACAAAAGUUCCCGUUGACCAGAUUGGUGUCUCGGGGGGUGUGGUCUCCUUUGUCUGCCAGGCAACAGGUGACCCCAAGCCAAAGGUUAGUUGGAACAAAAAAGGAAAGAAGGUGAACUCCCAGCGUAUAGAGACCAUAGAGUUUGACGAGGGUGCCGGUGCAGUUCUGAGAAUCCAGCCUCUCCGAGCGCCACGUGACGAGAACGUCUAUGAAUGCGUGGCUGAGAACAGCGAAGGCGAGAUUGUCACCAGCGCCAAGCUGUCCAUCAUCCGAGAGGACCUUCUUCCACCAGGCUUCCCUAACAUUGACAUGGGGCCUCAGCUCAAAGUAGUGGAGCGCACUCGAACAGCCACCAUGCUCUGCGCCGCCAGUGGCAACCCUGACCCGGAAAUCACUUGGUACAAAGACUUCCUGCCGAUUGACCCCACUGCAAGUAAUGGGCGAAUCAAACAGUUACGCUCAGAAACCUUUGUGGGUACCCCGAUUCGAGGUGCCUUGCAGAUCGAGAACAGCGAGGAGACGGACCAGGGGAAGUACGAGUGUGUGGCGUCUAACGUGGAAGGCGUGCGCUACUCGUCCCCUGCUAACCUUUAUGUGCGAGAGCUUCGAGAAGUCCGGCGGGUGCCUCCUCGCUUCUCCAUUCCACCAGCAAGUCAGGAAAUCAUGCCCGGUGGUAGCGUCAACAUAACGUGCGUGGCAGUGGGGUCGCCCAUGCCUUAUGUCAAAUGGAUGCUGAACGCUGAGGAUUUGACGCCAGAGGAUGAGAUGCCAGUGGGUAGAAACGUUCUUGAACUGAGCAACGUUCGUGAGUCAGCCAACUACACCUGUGUCGCCAUGAGCAGCCUUGGGAUUAUUGAAUCUAUGGCACAGAUCACUGUCAAAUCUCUCCCAAAGCCCCCAGGUACCCCCGUAGUUACGGAGACCACUGCCACCAGUGUGACCAUCACCUGGGACUCAGGAAACCCAGAUCCAGUGACAUACUAUAUCAUCCAAUAUAGGGCCAAGUCUCCAGACAGCAAAUAUGAAACUAUGGACGACAUCACCACUACACGUUACAGCAUUGGCGGCCUUUAUCCCAACACAGAGUAUGAAAUCCGUGUCUCAGCUGUCAACACAAUUGGCCAGGGUCCUCCUAGUGAGCCGGUAGAAACUCGGACUGGUGAACAAGCCCCGGCCAGUCCACCAAGAAACAUUAAGGCCCAGAUUCUUCCCCAAAAUACCAUGAUGGUUCAGUGGGAAGAGCCAGAGGAGCCCAAUGGGCAGAUUAAGGGCUACCGUGUUUAUUACACCAUGGAUAACUCCCAGCCCAUGAGCCUCUGGCAGAUCCAUAAUGUCCAGGACAGCCUCAUCACCACUAUCCAGAGCCUAGUUCCUCAAGAGACCUACACAAUCAAAGUUUUAGCAUUCACCUCUGUAGGGGAUGGACCUUUUUCAGAACCCAUCCAUGUCAAAGUACUGCAAGGAGUUCCAGGUCAACCAUCUAAAUUCCAGGUUGGUGCUGUGUCCGAUACCAGCAUUCAACUAACCUGGGAACCCGCCUAUGAGAAAGAGGGAAUUAUAAGUUAUGAACUUCGUUAUAUGGAAAGCACUUUUGGAGGCCAGAUGAAGAAAACAUUUGGACCCACAACAUCAUAUGUUGUGGAAGGUCUCCGUCCCAACACAGAGUAUCGCUUCUCCCUGGCAGCCAUCUCUAACAAAGGCAUCGGAGCCUUCACAAAUGACAUUACGCAGAAGACCUUGCAAGCGAAGCCCUCAGCUCCCCCUCAAGAAGUUAAGUGCAGCAGCACCAGCUCUACCACCCUGUUGGUAAGUUGGCGCCCCCCACCUUUGGAGAGUCAGAAUGGUGCCCUGGUGGGGUAUAGGGUGCGCUACCAGGUGGUGGGCCAGUCAGAAGGGGCCGGUGACAACGAGGAACCGCUGGAGGAGCCCAUGGUGCCUGCCACUGAGGAGCAGGUGUUGCUUCAGCGAUUAGAGAAGUGGACCCAGUACCGUGUCACGGUGUCUGCCUCCACUGUGAUUGGACCUGGCCCCGAGAGUGAGCCCCUCGUCUGUCGGACCGACGAAGAUGUUCCUGGGGCUCCUCCAAGACGGGUGGAGGUGGAGGUUAUCAACUCCACAGCAAUUAAGGUGAUGUGGCGUUCUCUUACGCCAGGCAAGCAGCACGGACAGAUCCGUGGCUACCAGGUUCAUUACGUGCGUGUGGAAAAUGGCGAGUCUCGAGGCCUGCCUCUCAUCAAGGAUGUCAUGCUGGCUGAUGCCCAGGAAAUGGUCAUUGGAGGACUCAAGCCAGAAACCACUUACUCCAUCACAGUGGCAGCAUACACCACCAAGGGGGAUGGUGCUCGGAGCAAACCCAAACUGGUGGUGACCAAAGGCGCAGUACCUGGUCCGCCCUAUCUGUCAGUGGCUCAGGACUCAGAGACAUCAGCCGUGGCUCGCUGGGAUCCUCCAGAUCUAACCAAUGGCAUGGACCUGCAGGGUUACCGGCUCCAGUUUGGCAGAAAAGAUGUCUCUCCUUUGGCCACACUGGAAUUUGCUCCCCAAGAGCGGCAGUACUCUGUGGGCAACAUUCACCGGGGGGCAAUUUAUCUCUUUAAGAUCUCUGCCAAGAGCAGGGGUGGCUUUGGGGAAGAGGCUGUGGUAGAAGUCAAUGUGCCUGAGAAUACGCCAGGGGGAUACCCUCAAAUUAACGAGGGCUCCAAUGUGACUUGCUGCUCAGUGCAGCUGUCCUGGUCUCCACCAGUCCUGGCAGAGAGGAAUGGGGUAAUCACAGAGUACACUUUGGCCUAUAAAGAAGCUGGCACCAGAGAAGCUCCACGGGAACUCCACUUACCCCCCAGCCUCUUCAGCUAUGUGCUCAACAGCCUCAAACCGAACUCGGCAUAUGACGUGAAAAUACGUGCACACACCAGUGUAGGUCCAGGGCCCUACAGCCCACCUAUCCAGUAUCGGACCGUGGCCUUUGAUCCAGCAGAUGUUCCAAAGAACUUCACUGUAAAGUGGGCCACCAAGUCCACAGUGGUCAUUGCUUGGAAGUUUUCUGAAAGCAGGUCCCCGUAUAAAUGCACUAUUGAGUAUAACCGCCAGAAGAUGGAUGUGGAUGCCAGGCAGCUGAAGGUGUUCGUCACUGGACUAAGACCUAACACCACCUAUGAGUUCACAGUGAUCUGUCAAGAAAGCAUAAAUGGUGGGCAAAGACAUCGGGUAAUAGCCAGGACAGCGCCGCUCAUGCUGAUCAGGAAACCCAAGUUGGACAUCUACAGUAACUCGGAUACCGCGCUCACCAUGUCCUUUCCAUCAUUUGACAGCAAGGAUGUCAAGAACUUCUAUGUAGUAGUGGUGCCGCUUAAGAAGACCCCAGGAACUGUUAAAGACUUGAAAAACCCUGAUGAGAUAGACAUAGAAGAGCUGUUGAGGGAGGUGAAUCCAAAGCGCCGUUCACGCCGUCAGCUGGACCAGAAGAAGCCCUACAUCAUAGCCUGCUUCAGGCAACUGCCCGCUAGCUUCACAGUAGGAUCUGAAAACCGCCACAGUAACUGUGAGAACAAGCCUCUCGAACCUGGCCAGGAGUAUGUCUUCUUCCUGCUGGUUGAACUCAAUGCCACUAGCGGGAAAAUGUUUGCAGCAAGCCCAUAUACCGACACGGUGGUGACUCCUGAGCUGGUCGUGGACCCUUUGCCAGUAGACGCUGGAGAUGGUCUCAUAUGGGUGUUGGGCCCCGUCCUGGCUGUUGUCUUCAUUAUCUGCAUCGUCAUCGCCAUUCUUCUGUAUAAAAACAAACCCGACAGCCACAAAAGAAAAGAGUCGGAGCCACGCACAAAAUGUCUGCUGAACAACGCAGACAUUACACCCCAUCACCCCACAGACCCCGUGGAGGUGAGGCGCAUCAACUUCCAAACUCCAGAUUCUGGUCUAAGCAGUCCUCAGAGUGAAGCAGAUUUUGACUAUGAAAGUAUGAUGAAUCAUCCUCCUAUCCCUAUCUCAGAGCUGGCUGAACACACAGAACUUCUCAAGGCCAACGACAACCUCAAACUCUCCCAGGAAUAUGAGUCUAUUGAUCCAGGCCAGCAGUUCACCUGGGAGCACUCCAACCUGGAGGUGAACAAGCCCAAGAAUCGUUACGCCAACGUCAUCGCCUACGACCACUCACGUGUCAUCCUGGCUCCCAUAGAGGGUAUAACAGGCAGCGAUUACAUCAACGCUAACUACAUUGAUGGCUACAGGAAGCAGAAUGCUUACAUUGCCACCCAAGGACCUUUACCAGAGACAUUUGGAGACUUCUGGAGGAUGGUGUGGGAACAGAGAGCAGCCACUAUUGUCAUGAUGACUCGGCUGGAAGAGAAGUCGCGGAUUAAGUGUGAUCAAUACUGGCCAAGUCGAGGUACAGAGACCUACGGUAUGACCCAAGUGACCCUUUUGGACACGAUAGAAUUGGCCACUUUCUGCGUGCGCACUUUCUCUUUGCACAAGAAUGGUUCGAGUGAGAAGCGGGAGGUUCGUCAGUUCCAGUUCACCGCCUGGCCUGACCACGGCGUACCAGAGUACCCAACCCCGUUCCUGGCCUUCCUCCGUAGGGUGAAGACUUGCAAUCCGCCUGACGCUGGACCAAUCAUUGCUCACUGCAGUGCGGGCGUAGGCCGGACGGGCUGCUUCAUCGUCAUCGACGCCAUGCUGGAGCGGAUCAAGCACGAGAAGACGGUCGACAUUUACGGCCAUGUGACACUUAUGCGAUCGCAGCGGAAUUACAUGGUGCAGACCGAAGACCAGUACAGCUUCAUUCAUGACGCACUGCUGGAGGCGGUGGCCUGCGGAAACACUGAGGUGGCUGCCCGGAGCCUGUAUUCUUACAUCCAGAAGCUUGCACAGGUGGAGAGCGGUGAGCACGUCACUGGCAUGGAGCUGGAGUUCAAGCGUUUGGCCAACUCCAAAGCCCACACGUCGCGCUUCAUCAGUGCCAACCUUCCCUGCAACAAGUUCAAAAAUCGGCUGGUUAACAUCAUGCCCUACGAGACCACUCGUGUUUGCCUGCAGCCAAUCAGAGGCCUGGAAGGAUCUGACUACAUCAAUGCCAGCUUUAUUGAUGGAUACAGGCAACAGAAAGCCUACAUUGCCACGCAGGGCCCUCUGGCGGAGACUACAGAAGACUUCUGGAGAAUGCUCUGGGAGAACAACUCCACUAUUGUAGUCAUGUUGACCAAACUUAGAGAGAUGGGACGGGAAAAAUGUCACCAGUACUGGCCUGCAGAGCGCUCUGCCAGGUAUCAGUACUUUGUGGUAGACCCCAUGGCAGAGUAUAACAUGCCUCAGUACAUCCUCCGAGAGUUCAAGGUCACAGACGCCAGGGAUGGCCAAUCCAGAACAGUAAGGCAGUUCCAGUUUACUGAUUGGCCAGAGCAAGGCGUGCCCAAAUCGGGGGAAGGAUUCAUUGAUUUUAUUGGCCAGGUGCAUAAAACCAAGGAGCAGUUUGGGCAGGAUGGCCCAAUCUCUGUCCACUGCAGUGCUGGCGUGGGCAGGACCGGAGUCUUUAUCACCCUUAGCAUCGUCCUGGAAAGGAUGCGUUAUGAAGGUGUGGUUGAUAUCUUCCAAACGGUGAAGAUGCUCCGAACACAGAGGCCAGCUAUGGUCCAAACUGAGGAUGAGUAUCAAUUCUGCUAUCACGCAGCUCUGGAGUACUUAGGAAGCUUUGAUCACUAUGCAACGUAAAAAGCCAUCUCCCCCCCUCCCCCUCCUCUGAAUCCUGUUGCCCCCCCACCCCCACCUCAACAGCCUCUUGAGCCAUAGGAACUAAAAUUUAAAACGACAGCAAACAACCACAUCGCCACCGCCAAUUCAGCCACAUCAACCAGGAUCUCCUAGAUUUUUUUUUUUUUAAGACAACACCCGGUCCAACCAGUUCAGAGUCCAAUUUGACUUUUCAAAUAUGCCACAAGGAAACACAAGAAAAUUGUCCAUCAUCUCAAGAAAAGAAGAUCCUCGGCAGGGGAGGAACCAGAUGCUGUGGCUCAAGAUGUGGGGCGGGUUUUGAUCAAAGUGUCAGACUGCUUACCUUACCUCAAGUGUUUCAAUGUGGAGGACAUUGUAAACAUUCGUGGACGUUUCUCUUCUCAAAAAAUAUCUUCGUGACACAACAGUAACAAGCGACAGAUGACGAAGGAAAAGGAAGGCAAAAAAAAUACAAAUAAAAAUCUAAAAAACACUGAGAAGCAGAUGGAUGUAGCCAAGACUUGGUGACUAUCUUGUUUUUUGAUAUGCUCGGGUGUAAAAGGGGUUCAAGUAUUUCCAUCAACACAGUGUGUGAGUAAUAUUGUGAGAAAUGAAGAAACUGGUUGCCUGCAUAAAAGAUUUAUCAAGCUGUACAAAAAAAGUGAAACAAAAUAAACAGAAAAGGACAAGUUCACUCACAUUCGGCACCAAAUCCUUCAAGAAAACCUAAAGUUUUUACAGUAUUUUGUGUGGGAUAACACUCGACUAUUAAAGCGACUUCUUCUCGAGCACUAAGAGCUAAAAGAAGACACUUUUUGGUUUUCUUACAGUUGUGAGGAUGAAAACAGCGACACAUUUCUUAAAAUGUGCUAAUUGCAUCAGUUGUGAAUUCGUGUGAAAUCAGUAUCCUCAGCCAGGUAAUCGCAGGAAUGUUGCAACACGCCAGUAUAUUAACAGUGCAAAGAUCAGUCACCGGAUAAAAGUCUCGCCUGCUGCACGAAGCUUCCGCCGCGUCGUCUUGCGUGCAGCCAAGGUGAGACAAGCGGCAGCCGUGUCCCGUGAUUUUUCUUUCUUUCUUCUGUUUUUUAACAAUCGCUCCUGUCUUUGGAACCACUACAUUGUGGGGCUGCGGUUUCAACAUCCACGGUUUUGAACAAGAGAUAAACCUGGUGGGGGGGGAAAGCUUUGGAACAAAAAUGGAACAACCAAACAAGGAUUGCCGCAAAAGUGAGGGCUCUCUUUGUGUACAGUGACCAACGCUCAUCGUCAUCCUCCAGAACUUUGUCUAAUGAGGAAUUAUCUCGUUUUUCUCGGUUUUUUUUAUUAUUAUGAUUUUCUGUCAAAACCAAACAUGCUGCUUAUCUCGUGUACGCUGUACGUGUGACUUUGGAAGGAGAGGAAACUGAUGAAUCAAAGAUGCCAUCUCUGAUAACUGGCAUGACUGAAAGCGCAUCCACUUGACGUCAUCGUCCACGCCUCCUUUUCCCCUCCCUCUCGCCCAGCCUCCUCUAUAAUCAUCUAUAUCAUUGUAUAAGACGCUCAAGUGGCAAAGGCCUGCUGCAGUUACCAAGCUGCACAUUAAUGUGGUUGAAAAAUUGGCCUUUAGUUCCACUGUUUGUGUGUUUUGGUGACAGGUGGAUACAUUUAAACAAAAAAAAACAAAAAACAGAUGCUUUGGUAUUUGCCCUCCGUUUUCAAGGUGAUGUCUCUGUGGGUGACACAGCCAGACCAAGGAGCCAUGAUGGAUCUCGACGCUGUGACGCGUUCCUGAAACUCUCCAGUACAAGUUACUUGCACAUCCCCAAACGAAAAAAAGAUUAACUUUAAACGUAUUACCCCCGCCAACCCCUCCCUACUCUCCCCGAACAACUGCAGGUCGACACACUAGUGUAUGUUGUGAUUUAAAAAGAAAAAUCAAGCUUUUGAGAUCACCGGGUUUUCAUUUCGAGAACAGCGCUUUGGUAUACGCGAGCGUUACGGAUCCCGCGCAGGUUUCCGAUGGGUGUGCACAAAAGCCGGAGCGAUGGACAGAACUGUGUGUAAUCUUUUCUUAUUUCCAAAAAAGCCUUAUUGUUAUUGUAACAUUACGAAAACAUUAAUGUUGUAUUAUGACGACUUAUUUUACACUACAUAGUUGACUUUUUAUUAUGUUUUUGGUUGUUUUGUUUUUUUCAGUUUAGUUUUCUAACAGAUGUUGUAUCAUUUUUUAAAAUUAGCAGGAAAAGAGAAAAGCUUAUCUGUUCAUAUUAUGUUUAAAGACAUUCUAUUUUUUCACUGUAGAAAUGUUAAGUAUAACAUGGCUGUGUGCUUGUGCGCAUACAUGUAUGCAUUCAUGUGUACUGCGCACUCACACAUUCAUAUAUAUUUAAAUGCAGAAUAUGAAGAUAUAUCCAAACCUUAGUAUGAAUUAUAUGUUUCUCCUCAUCAUCUUUUUUGUUUUUUAAACAUGUCAGUUCUCAUGCUUGAAAAUAUGAUUUUAUUUCAUUUUGUUUUUCUUUGUGUGUGUGGUUUUUUUUAAUAUAUACAUACAUAUAUAUAUAUAUAUAAAUAUAUAAUCUUAGAGACCUUGUGUGUUUCUUAAUGGAAGCUGAGGGAAGCACUAUGCCUGAAUCCUCUGCCUCCACUCACCAUUGCUCUUCUACCUGAGGGUAGAACCUGUGCCGAUGAGGAGAUGCCAUUUUUUAUUUCUAUUUUUUACUUUUUUGUCGUUUUUUCUUUUUCUUUUGAGCAACUGUUGAUGAAGCGAUCUACAAAAUAUCAAUCAAAUAUUUCAAAACUGACGAUUUUUUUCUUACCUAUAUAGGACCAACUUGACGAACUGUAUCUUGUAUGAUCAUGGUCAGGCUAUGACCCUCGCAGUUUAAGAAAAUCCUCUUCAAGUUCUCUUUUCUUUUUUAAAUUUUUCAGACAUAAUGUGGCCAUUCAUUUUGUUAGAUAUCCACUAUGAUCUAGAGUAUACCUGUAAAUAAACAAAUAUAUAGAUUAUAUGUAUUUGUAUCAUUUGACCUUCAAGAUCUCAUACUUUAGGUGGGGACAGAAAUACAAAAAUCAAAGUCCUUCUCACAUCCUGGUGGUUGUAGAGCCUGCUUUCUGAAACCUCUCUUCUCCAGUCCUUCCUCCCUGGUCUUUAAUUACCACUCACUUUUCUUCUGACUUUAAUUUCCCCUGCUAGCAUUUGAAAUGGGAAACAUGCCAGCCUCUGUUCUCAUACCUAUAGCCUCAAACAGAGCACGAAAUCAGCACCAGUGAUCUGCUGGUAUAAUUUGACCAAGCCUGGGAGGUUAGUUCUUUCUGUCAACUAUUUGAAUUGCUAAUCAAUCAUUAUUUCAAGGACCUGUUACAUUCUUAUUCUAGGUGUAAGACAGAGUGGAGCAACUAAAGGGUGUUUUUGAAAAAGAAAUAUUGUCUUAAAAUAAUUCUCAAACAAAGGAUUAAUCACAAAGGUGUAAAUUCUUAAAGCCACAGCUACGGUAAAAACGCUGGAGGCAUCCUUCAUUCCUUAACACUUUCCACAAAACCCCCAGAAGAUGUGCAACUGUUUAACUCCCUAAAAUGCCAAGGUGUUAAUCCAUAAAUAUAUCAUUAGCUGAGGAGCAAAUACAGCUAUGUUAAAGGCCAGACAUGGUUCAGUUCCAACAUGACACGUUGAUUUAUUGUCUCCCCGGUGCAUUUUUUUUAAGCCUGGAACAGAACCAUACUGCUUUUUUCUUUGGUUUUUGUUUUUGUCUUUGACCAUGCUUCAUUUUGGGAUGCAGAAAGAAAUCAGGACUCAGUGAAAGAUAGCAGAGUGAUGCAACCAAGGAAAGACUGAGACAACCAAAAACGUGCUGCAAAUUCACAUUUCCAGCAUGUCAUUUCUGAACAGUGGGAACCUUGAGAUGUUUCAUAAUGAACUCAAAGCCUAAGAUGAAAGACUCUGGAAUUCAGUGAGGCUGAUGAGAAAGGGCCCAGGCCAAAACUGAAACCAUGGAAGUCUUUCAAAGCUUGUGCAAUGUGUUACGUUUUUUUUUUUUUUGACUUAAUGUGAAGAUGUUAGGCUUUUGAAAACAAACCGCCAAAUUUGCAGGAGUAUGUUGAAUAUUUCAGGGGAAGAGGGGAAAUAACAAAAGAUGAACCCUAACUUAAUCAAUUAAUCAAAAUAACAGAACGUAUACAGUACGACAAAUUGGAAAAAAUAAAAAACAACCCAAAUUCAGAAAAAUACUUUUUUUGUAUGAGGGCCAAGUGCUAUCACUUUCAAACUGUUACUUCUAACUGAAACAAUAAUUGGUUUAAAGCCACUGUGUAUGUAGAUAUGUUGACUUUGUAUUAAAGAAAUGUUGUCUGAAAA